ACGGCGGAAGUUUGCGUCUGUAAAAAAAACGACAAAAGGGACGAAGUCGACUCAAGUGGGGAUCGAGUACAUUCCGUACAUUGAAAGAGUUGCGGAAGGAGCGACUGGCUGAUGAAAUACUCGGGCAGUUUGAAGGGACGAUGGCGUCGUGCGAGGAGGAACUUUCUACCCCGGAAGCUAGCAAGCUAGCUAGCAAGACUCCCAUCGUGCUAAACGUAGAAGAGGUGCAGCAGGUGACGAGUCGUCAAGAAGAACGAGCGACUGCGGGUGAGCGCCAUUGUGAAGCAGGAGCCCCCCCAGGUCAAAGAGGAAGAGGAGGAACUCUGGAUCGGACCUCAGGACGGAGAGUCUCUCCCUGAUCUCGCCGAGUUGCCACUUAUUGUCGUCUCUGUGAAGACUGAAGACCACGACAAGGAGCCUCCCGAGUCCAUGCAGCGUCAUCCACAUCCAAGAGAGGAGGAGAAUGGAGGGGCGGAGCUUUCAGACGGCGGCUCCCCGCACCACACAACGACAGAAGCUGAUGGCGACCGCUGUGGAGGAUCACCAUCAAAUAACCUCUUAGCCUCGCUAUCGACAGUGAGGCUGAAGGCGGGGACCAAAUCCAAGAACCUUUGAGACACGACAACAAACCCUCUGAAUGCUCUCAAAAGAAAAUGGGUAAAGAACGUUUCACUUGCUCAGUUUGUGCGAAAAGCUUUUAUUCUAAGAGGGAUUUGACUCAACACAUGAGGACACACACAGACGAAAACCCUUUUAGUUGCUCCGUAUGCGGCAAACGAAUGUCUCGAAAGUCAAGUAUCAUCACACACAUGAAAACACACCUGCCGGAAAAACCUUUCACUUGUUCCGUUUGCGGUAAAGGAUUUACUCAAAAGGCACACGUGGUAUCGCACAAAAGGACACACACGGGAGAAAAACCUUUCAAAUGCUCAGUUUGCGAUAAAACAUUCUCUCACUGCUCAACGAUGGUCGCACACUCGAGGACGCACACGGGAGAAAAACCCUUCAGUUGCUCAGUUUGUAGUAAAACGUUUAAUCAAAGGCCACACAUGCUGUCACAUAUGAAAACGCACACCGGGGAGAAACCCUUUGGCUGCUUAGUUUGCGGGAAAACAUUCUAUCACCAUUCAACUUUGGUGUCGCAUACCCCAACGCACACGGGCGAAAAAACGCACAUUUGCGCCGUUUGCGGUGACAGCUUUUCUCGAAAAAGCAAUGUCACCCAACACAUGAAAAUGCACAUGGGAGAAAAACCUUUCAGUUGCUCGGUUUGCAGCAAAACGUUCUUGAAAAAGACCAACAUGCACAGGAGGACACACACAGGAGAGAAGCCUUUCACCUGCUCCGUUUGUCACAAAAGCUUCUCCAAAAAGACAAACGUGGUGUCGCACAUGAGGAUACACACAGGAGAAAAACCCUUCCUUUGCUCCAUUUGUGGCCAGAGUUUUGCUGAAAAGGUCGCUUUGAUCGCACACAAAAGGAUGCACACCGGAGAAAAACCUUUUCAUUGCUCAGUCUGCGGUAAAAGCUAUUCUUACAAGAAGACGCUGAAGGCACACAUGCGGACGCACAACGGAUUUCGGUGAGUGCGGACAAUUUAAAGGCUUGGAAGGUUUUGACAGCAGAACCUUGGUUAGUGUCAUUACUUCAUAUCCAGAUGUUCCGACUCUAACCGAAACAGACUUUAACUGAAUCAAUUGUUCCUGUAAGAAAUGAGAUAAAUCCAAUGAAUCUGUUCCAGACAGCCAAAAAUGUUCAAACUAGAGAUGUCCGAUGUCGGACAUGCCGAUAAUGCCCAACUCUCAAUUUCCGAUAUCAAUAUGUUAACGUCAUAUAUCUCCUUUGGUGGAAUUAACACAUGUGUAUGAGCCAGUCAAUUGUAGAGUUUAUUUAUGCUAUGAUGCACACCUUAAAUAUUGUUUGAAAUAUGAAAUGGGAAUAUUUAUUUUAAUCAAUUGUUGUUGCUGUUUUUGUUUCAAAUAAUGGUGCUGCUUAUUAUAAAGACUCCAUUCAGGUGUGCGGCCGGGCACAUGUUGGGGGAGGUGCUGUGUCGCACGGUGAGGUGGAAGCUUUGGACUGCUGUGGAGGCACACGGUUUUCUUUUACCGUGUCUGAUUUGAGUUAUCCUUUUUGAACAAUUAACCUUUUUGUCAUAGCAUUCUAUAAAAUAAAACCUUUCAUUUUUGCAACUAUAUGGACUUGGUGUGGAUCUCAUCGAGUGGACACGAGUAAACCAGGGCCUUACACAGAGGUGCCAAUCUGCACCUACAAUAGUAAAA